UUGCAAUGGUUUUAAAGUUUAACGUUCAUAUUUUUAAACAGCACAAUUUCAUCCGGUUUAAAUAGUAUGGCAGCCGUAAUUCUUGAAGACAUUUUUAAGCGUUUAAGUACAAAACAAUUAUCUAAUAAACGUCAAACAACAAUUUCUAAAUUAUUAUGUGGUGCCUUUAACGGACCAAUACUUGGACUUUUUCUAUUAGCCUUAUUUUUUCCACAAGCAAACAGCAAAGGAGCAUUGAGUGGUUUCAUUAUUUGUUUAUUAUUUCAAAUAUGGAUCUUGGUCGGUUCUAUUUUGACAAUUAAUCAUCAGAAUAGUGAGAAACUACCAGUGUCCACAGACGGAUGUUUUACAAAAUAUAAUAUAUCAUUAAUCGAAAAUAUCACUUCAUCAUCUUCACCAUCAUUACCCCAAAGCUUUGUUCAAGUUAAAACAAAAAUUCGGACCUUCUCAUCCGAAGGUGGACCGUUAGCUGAUCACGCCGUUAACAAACAGUAUUUAUCAUUAAAUUUUCAUCAUAAUCCAUUUUAUUAUUCAACCAUUGUUAUCACUGUAGAUUCAGAUGCGGAGACGAUACAUUAG